AUGGAGGCCUCUAGUAACCUCUUCGUCAUCAUCAUCAUGCUUUUAUUCCUUGUAGGAUCAGUUCAAUCUCGUCCCCUACCUGAUCAGACACUUGAUGAUCAAGGUCAUGAUACUACUCAUGUUUUUAGCCUACUUAAUUAUGGAGCUGUGGGAGAUGGAGUUACUGAUGAUACUCAGGCCUUUAAAGAAGCUUGGAACCAAGUCUGUAAUUCUUCACUUCCCUCUCCAGUCUUACAUGUUCCCAGUGGUAAGACUUUUUUGCUACAUCCAUUGGACCUUGAAGGCCCUUGUAGAUCAGCUAAUGUUACUGUCCAGAUAAUGGGUAAUAUGGUUGCACCAAGUGAUCCUUCAGAAUGGCAAUGUGAUUAUCUAGAAGGUUCUUACAACUGCCCAGCCUUUCUUACCUUUCAACAUAUGAAUAACCUUUACAUCACCGGCAGCGAAGGGAUCACCAUCGAUGGUCAGGGUCACAACUGGUGGGAUCUUUCAUGCCAUCAAACUACACUCAUAAUUAGACAAUCCAGCAAUGUGCACCUCAGGAACUUGAAUAUUAUGGAUGGGCCUAAUAUGCAUAUCUUCAUUCAAGCCUCAUCUUGGAUUUAUGCUUCCAAUAUCACAAUCUCAGCCCCUAAGAGUAGUCCUAACACUGAUGGCAUACACAUUCAAUACUCUCAGAAUGUCUUUGUAUCUGAUAGUAUUAUUGGCACAGGUGAUGAUUGUAUUUCUAUUGGGGAUGCUACAUCCUUUAUCAACAUUAGCAGAAUCUCAUGUGGGCCUGGUCAUGGAAUUAGUAUUGGAAGCCUGGGUAGAGGUGGAUCAACUGCAGCAGUAGAAAAUGUUCAUGUAAGCGAUGUCGAGUUUUCAGGAACUUCAAAUGGAGUUAGGAUUAAGACAUGGCAGGGAGGAAAAGGUUAUGCUAGAAAUAUUAUGUUCGAGAAAAUCCAAUUUUACGAUGUCGUUUACCCCAUUAUCAUUGAUCAACACUAUUGUGACCGCCAUUUUAAAGAUUCUUGCCAAAAUUCAGAUGAGGGUUCGGCUGUGAAAGUUAGCAAUGUCACGUACAAUCAAGUAUAUGGAACUUCAGAUAGACCAACAGCAAUAAAAUUUGAUUGCAGUGAGACAGUUCCUUGCACAGAUAUUGUGGUGAAUAACAUAAACAUUCCAUCAACUAGAAGGGGUAGGAAGACAUCAUCUUAUUGCCAAAAUGUUUAUGGAAGCGCUCAUGGUCUAGUUAUUCCUAGAGUACCAUGUCUGCAGUAUGCAUAA